GUCCAGGCAGUAGCAAUAUUAUGGCAGUGUUUACCUGCACGCUACAAACCUAGGCAUUAAACUAACCCACAGCACACUGUAACACUACUGUACACAUGCUGUGCUGCUGGUAGUUGUGCUGUGACAGGGUUAGUGAUCGCAGGAAGCUGCGGCUCAUCUCUCAGCUGCUGAUGGAGCACAUCCGACUACCAAAGGUGGAGAAUGUCAAGCUGCUUGACAGAGUCUCCCCCAGAAGGAGCAGGGUGGGCACCCUCUACCUGACAGCCACACACACCAUCUUUGUGGAGAACGAGGCAGGAGUGCGCAAUGAAACAUGGGUGCUUCACAGUUUAGUGUGCAGUGUGGAGAAACAAGCUGCCACAGCGUCAGGAUGUUCUCUGCUCAUUCACUGCAAGAACUUUCAGGUUCUGCAUUUUGUCUUGCCUCAAGAGCGGGAGUGCCAGGAUGUCCACCUGUCCCUGCAGCGGCUCUCCCAGCCAGAACGUUACGAGGAGCUGUAUUGCUUCGCCUAUAAGCCUAACGUUGAUGAGGAGGAGAGACGGCAGGAAUGGGACUUCUUGAACCUUAAGGCUGAUUACAGCAGAAUGGGACUCCCAAACUCCCUGUGGAAACUCUCCCCUGUCAACCAACGCUACAAGGUGAGUGACACUUACCCUGCUGACCUGUUUGUGCCUGAGUCCGCCACACCUCCAGUUAUAGUGGGGAGCUCCAAGUUCAGAAGCAGAGGCAGAUUUCCCACUCUGUCAUACUACUCCAAAGAAAAUCAUGCUGCCAUCUGCCGAAGCAGCCAGCCCCUGUCAGGUUUCAGCGCUCGCUGCCUAGAGGAUGAACAGAUGCUGGAGGCCAUCUUGAGGUCCAAUCCCCGCAGCGACUUCAUGUAUGUGGUGGACACCAGGCCUAAGCUGAAUGCAAUCGCAAACCGAGCUGCAGGAAAAGGCUAUGAAAACGAAGACAACUACUCCAACAUUAAAUUCCAGUUCAUCGGCAUAGAGAACAUCCACGUCAUGAGAAACAGCCAACAAAAAAUGCUGGAAGUGUGUGAGCUGCGUUCCCCCUCCAUGUCUGACUUCCUGGAAGGUCUGGAGAACUCAGGCUGGCUAAAGCACAUCAAAGCUGUUUUGGAUGCAGGCAUCUUCAUCGCCAAGGCUGUUGCAGAGGAGGGCGUCAGUGUCCUGGUUCACUGUUCAGACGGUUGGGACCGCACUGCUCAGGUGUGUUCAGUGGCCAGUGUGCUGCUGGAUCCGUACUACAGGACCCUCAGAGGACUCAUGGUCCUCAUUGAGAAAGACUGGAUCUCAUUUGGACACAAAUUCUCCCACAGGUGCAACCACCUGGUCGGAGACCCUAAGGAGGUGUCUCCCAUCAUCGAUCAGUUCCUGGAGUGCGUGUGGCAGCUCAUGGAGCAGUUCCCCUGUGCCUUUGAGUUCAAUGCGAGGUUCCUCAUCACCAUUCACAGCCACAUCUACUCCUGCCAGUAUGGCAACUUCAUUGGCAACAACCAGUGGGAGAGGAUAGAGCUGGGACUGCGUGAGAGGACUCACUCUUUGUGGAGUUAUCUAUGGAAGAACCAGGCAGACUACAUCAACCCUCUGUACCGGCCAGACCACAGCCAGACACAGGGUCUCCUCCGGCCGUCUACUGCCCCCUACUGCUUUAAGUUUUGGAGAGGGCUGUACAACCGCUUUGACCGAGGGAUGCAUCCUCGACAGUCUGUGGAGGAUUAUCUGAGGGCCAUCCAGGAGGAGACACAGCAGCUGGAGGAGCAGUUGGCUUCACACAAACAGAAAAUUGCUCAGCUGGAACAGGAGCAGGAGUGGAGUGUUACCCAAAAAGCAGCCGCCUUUGAUAAGAGCCCCACAGCGUGGGCUCUGGGUAACGACCUCGGUCUGGCCAACACCCCUCAGGACUACACCGGGGGCUUCUUCACCAGCAGCCCCUGUCAGCCCAAAGCACCAGACAGCAGCCUGAUUCUGCCGACCCAGGACUUGAACCAAACAUCUGAAUCCAACCUCUCCAACGGCAGCGACCAGGAGUCAGGGAUCGCAGACGUGAGCUGUCGUUCCCCUCUUAGUGAGGACAGCACCAGGGAUCCAGACUCUGAUGAAGCUGCCUACUCAACUGCCUGAUCAAAUGUAGCACGUAGUGGAAGGUGUAGCAUCAACCCUCCGUCCACUGUGCCACUGAACAAACACUACUGUACCUUUUUUACACUCAACAAGUAACCCAGCUAUUGGCCAACUCCAGUGAAAAGUUUUACUGGGUUACACAAGUGACUUGCACUCCUGUUUGCAUGUGGUGUGGUGGGCCCUCUCUGUUGCCACAUACAUACUAGUUAAUAGUUAUUUACUGUAGCUGACCACAUUUUACUUCUUAUCCCGGUACAAUGCUAAAAGUGAUAACACAACUGGAUAUUGCUCACUGUCAUGUAUCUUGUUGACGGCAGUUAACCCAUAAGAGUCUCCACAAAAAGUUGAAAAUAGUUUGAUGCCUCCAUGGCCAGUGAACAGUUUAACGUUGGAGAUAUUUCAGCCACGAUUAUAUUGAAAGCCUAAGAUGAACAAAAACAAGUUUACGAGAGUAAAGAGUGAGUUAAGAACAAUUUUGAACAAUUCAGUGCACAUGUAAGCAGAGGGUGUCCUCUCAAAUUAUUGGUGAGCCAUUUAGUUGUGUGUGCCUGCUUUUUACUAUGAUCUUCCACACACUUUCAUUCAUUAGGACUUUGUCAUUACAGUGUACACCUUUUAAACAUGCUGUCAUCAGCGGCACUUUGAUAUUGAGUUUUCAAAGCAACUUGAAACAAGAACCAGAGCUCCAACAAGACCAAAUCAUCAUUUCAGUUGCAUUGUUUGCACUUAAAGGAGCUCUAUAAGAUAAUCAGAGCGUAUCUAUUGCUGCGUUCCCGUUUACCCUGGAAGUUGAGCUGGAAAUGACGUCACACCUGAGUUGACCACGUUCCAAUACGUAAGUUACAACACCUAGACGUUGUUAGCAAUACCAGUUGAUAACAAUGCAUCAUACUGUAUUUUGCACCUUAGCAACAUUUCCACUUGGACAGAACUGUGUGUAAAACUGUUUUAAUGAGACUUAAAUAAGAGAGAAGUGCCAAUAAGCAGUAUAUUACUGCAGCUUUCACUACCUUUGAGGCGCGGAGCAGCCAUCUUGAAUUUUAAGAUCAGGGUUGGUGAGGUCCCUCCUUCUUUCCAAAUCGAAAAUCUGGCUUCAGAAGGCAAUUCAGUUAAAAUUUCCAACUCCAAAACCCACAAAUUCUGACUUCCCGGUGCAAAUGGAAAGCACCAUAUCAUUCAGAGAUUGUCUCCACAUGGCUCUCAUCAUGGAGGUGGCUGAGCUGGCAGCCAGCAGCUACGGUGUUAACAGCGCCAAAAGUGCUUACAAUGGCAACAGUUCUAACAGAGCUAACGGUGUUAACCAGAGUGAAACUGGACGCUUUCGAAUGACUCAUCUCUGUUGCAGUGUUUGCAGAAACUUUGUUUUAUUUUUCUGUGUUUUAGUCAUUUUGUUUAGCAGCUGAUUUAAAUGCUGUUGCACCUCAUGGGCACUGCUGCUCAACCAUAGUCAGUCUGAAGUCAAGUUUCCAGCAGUUAACCCAAAUUUUAGUUCAAAUGGCAAAGUAGCAGUGUUUCAACCCCAAAGGACUUAUUGGGACCGAACUAAACUCACUCAGCACAACACAGUGACCUCAGCUGGGAAUUUGUACCAUUACACUACAGCUAUAGCCAGUGGUGAGUUGUGGUUGAUUGGCACCUUGAGGUCCACAGCUGGGUCGUUUCAACUUGAUAGACAAUAUUGUUUUAAAUUUACACUUCAAGACAUAAAAAAUAGCAACUUUAUACAUUUCUGUCCACAAUAUUUUGCUGUGAACAAACCAACAUUCUUACCACAGAGAAUUGACCCUCUACAGGUAUAAAUAGUGAUGAGUCCAGACACAAAAAUAAAAUAUUCAUGCAUUCAUUCAGUAAGCAGUAAGUGAUAGGACUACUGAUAACUGAACCAGCAGAUGAGAGCAUGCGAACACAAAUAUAGAUUACAGAGUGUCUUUGAAUAUUAGUGCCAUCUCGAUUAGCAUUAAAACUGCUGACUUUAAUAGUACAGUACACACGACGUACACUCCAAUACUGCUAAUGAACAAUGCAAAGAUUAUCAAGCAAAGCAUGUUAAGAUAUUUUUGUACUAUGGCAUAUUUUUUUGGCUACUUGCUUUAAUGCAUGUUGUUUUUAUUUAUAUGAUAGAGUCUAAAACGUCCGGUCAUAAGGGAUUCUGACCCUGUAAAAAAAGAAAGAGCUUUAUAUUGCUGUGUUUAUGUGUUCAGGUGGAAUAAGAGCCAAAUUUGUCAAACUUAUCUCAAUGCAAAGUUGUGUAAUUUGUGUCAAUUUUCUUUUGAAAUAAAUA